CGUGGUAACCAUAGCAACGCGCCUGUUUGCAAAUGGCUUACCGGCAGAAACUUGACAGCUUAAAAAUUAAAGUAAAUAACGAUGUCUGAGACUCAAAGCUGCCACAGUUCAUCUUCAACGCUCGAAGAAAGAGUUUUUACACCUGAUAUUCUGGUUUCUGAGAGCGAUGAGAAGUUCCUCCGGUCUCUAUAUGAGUUUAUCGAACACGAAAAGAAGUAUCUGCAGAGUCCAGAGGAAGGUCCGGACGAGCUUAGAUACAUCAUCUACCGCUUCGUGUUUCAUAAGGUGAUUGGACGAGCCACAGGCUAUAAGAGGCUUCUGUUGACCAUAAAGGCUGAAUAUGAUGACACCAUCAAGGAGUUGAAGAAGAGGGAGGAUGAAGUCCAGGCGGCUCAGCACUCUCAGUUGUCUUCCAUGUCACAGGUAGAAUCACUGAUGACCUGCAGGGGACGAUCUGCUCAGUUGACAAACAGAAUCUCCCUCAUUCGGACUAAAACGGCAGAACUUAAAGAGCUGAUCAAUAGACUGAAGUCACGCAAAGACCAGAGCAGCUGGAUUCCAGGUGUGACGGUGUAUCAGUCUUAUCAUCUCGACUUUCUUAACCAACACCUGGAGGAGCUGAAGAGUCACAGAGCUGCUCUGAUGGACACCAAGAGUCGGUGUGUUCCUCUGGAUGUCAAAAACAAGAUGGACGCUCAGCUGCAGUCCGCCAAGCGCCGCAGAGAAAAGCUGAACACCGAGAACCAAAAUCUGAGAAUCCUAUAUAAGCGUAUGAAGAAAGUGUGCGACUGUCUGAGCAGCUGGGAGGAGGAAGAACAAAAGCUUCCUCUGGAGGAACUCAUCAGUUCCACACUGGAGAACAUCAGACAGACUGACGUGUUGGAUGAAGAUGCUCGCAGCAUCAACGCUGAGCUGUUUGAGAGCCAAGAGCCGAAAGGAUUGGACGAGUCCGCUCUCCUGAGAGCUCACCUGGACAGGUUCAUGGAGCUUUUUGACUCGGCUCAGUUUGAGGAAGCUGCUGUACUUGCUGCCAGAAACCCUCCAGGAGUCUUGAGGAACCUCAACACCAUGGAGAUGUUUAAAGGUGUGUCGGGCCCUCCAGGCUCCGUCCCUCCAUCUCUCCUGUUCUUCAGAGCUCUGCUGAUCAGCGUCCAGACCGGCGGUGAGCUGUUAGCUGAUUUAUCUCUGCAGGGCGUCAUCUGUGCUCUGCAGCAGGGAGAUCUGAGGCUGGUCGUCUUUGCUGUCACCCAGAACAAACUCACUUUGUCUGAGGAGCUGGGCGAUGUGCUGACUGAACAUGCUCAGAGGAACCCCUCAAUGGCCGACACGUGUCUGACAUUGGCCACCAUCGUCUACGAGGCCUGCAGGCUGCACAGGAAGUCUGCACUGAGCAUGUGCAGGAGAGGUCUGAUCCAUGGCGCUGCAGAGUUCAUGAAGCACCGUAGCGAUGUCACAGCCGAGGACUGUAUGUGGGUUCUAUGUCGCUCGCCCAGCCUCUCCCUCCUCCAGCUGCUGAUGGAGCCUCGACAGGGCCGGGAGGCCAUCUUGCCAGUGGGCACAGCCUGUGUAGCUCUACUGGUUGACCCUCAGCAUCAACAGUUAGCGCUGCAGCUGCUGGACACUUUCAUCUGCCAAGGACCCGGGGUUUUGCAGGAGGUGAUACUGGAGGACAACGGCUCCUCGGUGGACGUUUGGGUCGACGUGGCGUCUCUGUGUUCUGGGCUGAACCGGGCCGACCUUAGCCGAGCCGUUCUCUCCGUCCUGGUGGAGCAAAGUGGAACCAGAAUCCUGAGUCCAGAUCUGCAGGGAGCAGAACUCAUGGAGCACAUCUUCCUGUAACCAUGAAGGCAGAGAGACUAAGCAUUAUUACGCUGCCUCCUCUGAGAAUAAAGCGACACAAAUGAUCUGGCAGUUUGUGUUGAAACUCUAAACAAUUUGUAGGUCACUUUACUGCUCCUGUCACAUUUUUCUUCACUGUGGGUUAAUUUUUCACUGCAGUAUGAAGUCCUGCAUCUCUGGAAAUAGCACAACCAUGAAGAAGGAGUGAGAACUUAGAAAUGUCUUCUGUGCAGAAUGACACAGAAGAACGGAAAGUUGAAACAAAAGCAAUGAGACACAAAAUGACUGCAAAAGCUCAGUACAAUGACAGACACAAAACGAGAAGCAAACAACUACACAAAGACACAAAAUUACCAGAAAUACUCACAGAAUGACCGCAAAUAAACACAAAUUUACCAUAAAGAUACAUAAAUGACGACAAAGAACAAAGACACACAAAAUUACCUUAAAUUGACACACAAUGAAUAUAAAGAUACACAAAUUGACCACAAAUAUAAUAAUAAUAACUUUAUUUAUAAAGCGCUUUCCGUCAAAGUGCUGUACACAGAAAUAGAAAUAGAUAAAUAAAAAUAAAGACAAUAAAAACAGAACAAUAAAAAAGACAUCAGUAAAACAAACAAUUUAGGAUUCAUAUGUAAGAGAAAACAAGUGGGUCUUCAGCUUAAAUACAUUAAUGGACGAUGCCUGCCUGAUUUCAGCAGGCAGACUGUUCCACAAUGUUGGCGCCCGGAAAGAAAAAGCCCGUUCCCCAGCCGUCUUUUUACAGACCUUCGGGAUAUUCAGAAGUCCAGUCCCCUGAGAACGGAGAGCCCGAGCGGGGACAUACAGAUUCAGCAGGCUGGAUAAAUAAGACGGGGCAAUUCCAUUAACAAUUUUAUAGGUUAGUAGCACCACCUUAAAGUCUGCUCUAACAUGAACUGGUAGCCAAUGCAGAGAGGCCAGCCCUGGAGUAAUAUGCACGUAUUUACUUGUUCUGCUCAGAACGUGAGCUGCUGCGUUCUGGACUAUCUGCAGACCAUGAAGGCUCUUCGUUGGCAGACCUGAGAAAAGGACGUUGCAAACCGUGAGGAAACAAAAGCAUGAAAUAUAUACAGAAUAAUAUACAGAAAAUGACCACAAAUAUUGACAAAAUGACCACAAAUACACACAAAAUGACCAUAUAGACAUAACCUUACCAUAACAAUACACAAAAUUACCACAAACGUGCACAAAAUUACCAUAAAAGAGACAAAAAAUGACCAUAAAGAGAUGCAAAACAAGUUACUAGGACACACAAAAUUAUCAUCCAAACACAAAAUGACCUUAAAGAGAUGCAAAACAACUACAAAGAGACACAAAACAGCCACAAAGAUGCAAAUCAACCACAAAUAUACACAAAAUUACUUGAAAGGCACACAAAAAAACAUGAAUACACACAAAGUGACCAAAAAUAGAUGCAAAAUGACCACAAAGAAACACAAAAUGACCAAAAGAAGAUGCAAAAUGACCACAAAUAUACACAAAAUUACUAGAAAGCUGCUCAAAGCAAUCACAAAUACACAAUGAUCAUACAGACACAAAGUGACCACAAAGUGACACAAUACAGCUACAAACAGACACAAAAUGACAACAAAAAUUGCCAUAAAUCGUUAGAAUUAAAAACCUUUAAUCAACGUUUACAUUUGUAACAUCUCUGGACUUACAAAAGGCAACAAACACUUUUGUUCUCCUGCGAAGAAUCAGAAAAUUUUGUCACUUUAAAUCUGUUUCAUUGUCUCUCAUUCAUUAAAACAACUGAAAUGAUUCAGGAUAAAAAUGUAAAACAGUGACGACUGAUGACCAGCAGGUGGAGACAAACUCACAAAGUGAAACGAAAGUCAGACAAACGCCUGCUGACAUGUAUGGGUAAUAAUAAAAAUAUUAAUAAGAAUAAGAAGAAUGUGUGUGAUUGAUUAAGUACACUGAGACUAAUGUUGGUGCACCAUCAAACUUUUUAUGUUCAUCAUCCCUUUUCUGCUUAUUCAGGUUGAGUUUAUGUUAAUUUAUUAUUUCCAUAACCACCAAUUGUCGCUUAUAAACGCCUUUAUCAUCUCUGCUGGUUUCCAUUAUUUAUGAAUAAAAGCAAAGUUAAAUGUACAUUUAUGUUGAAUUAAAAACAUUUAACUAUUAUGAAAGAACAAAUGCAUUUAAACAUCUUCAUGUGAAUUUGAGUAUUUGUUUGGCUAAGUUAUUAAUGUUAAGGAAGAGAGCCUCUGUCUAUUUCUGUUUGCUUUUUAUUAACUAUAAUUGUUAUUUCUGUCUUAUUUUUUAUAAUGAUAACAAUGUGGGCCAUUUUGGUAUUUUUUUUCUUUUACAAAGCUGUUCAUUUUUACUUAAAGUGAAAUUUGCGGUUUUGUACGGAACCCUUCUCAUGACAUGGUAAAAAAA